GGGGAGAUGGAGAGGAGGGGAGAUGGAGAGGAGGGGAGAUGGACAGAGGAGGGGCAGAUUGACAGUGAAUUGGAAGAUGGACAGGAGUGGGGGCUGGACAGAGGAGCAUGAUGGCGGACAGAGCCGGGAACGAAUGAAUAGGACGUGAAUCAAGAUAGAGGCACGCGACAGGGGUGUAGAAGGCGGAGGGAGGGACAGCGCUGGAGGAACCCGGGCGAGGAGAGCAGUCGUGAGAAUGAAGCGGUGGGAGAAGGACGGCCAUCGUUGGGGAGAUGGGGAGAGAGAGGGGUGCGGCAGAGGAGGAUCAAACUGGACUGCGCUGGACCAGAGGCAGAGAGAAACGGGGGAAGGAGGGACAGAGAUGGGGCCAGGUCUCUAGAAAGUAUGGAAACGGUUUAAGGACACGGUGGGGAGUGGGGGGGGAAGGAGGAGCACGGAAGACAGAACAGCCCAGGUGGGAAGCCCGGAGGAGGAGGCUGUGUGUGGAACAGCGGAGGGCUCCCCCAGCGCCCCCUCCCCUGCAGACUCGUCUCCUGCUGCUGCUGCUGCUGAGCUCAGAACUCAGUGAGACCCAGGACUGCUCCUUCCAGCUCAGCCCCAUCUCCUCCGACUUCGCUGUCAAAAUCCGUGAGCUGUCUGACUACUUGCUUCAAGAUUAUCCGGUCACCGUGGCCUCCAAUCUUCAGGACGAGGAGCUCUGCGGCGCCCUCUGGCGGCUGGUCCUGGCACAGCGCUGGAUGGAGCGCCUCAAGACUGUGGCUGGGUCCAAGAUGCGAGGCUUGCUGGAGCGCGUGAACACAGAGAUACACUUUGUCACCAAAUGUGCCUUUCAGCCCCCCCGCAGCUGUCUUCGCUUCGUCCAGACCAACAUCUCCCGCUUCCUGCAGGAGACCUCCGAGCAGCUGGUCGCUCUGAAGCCCUGGAUCACUCGCCGGAAUUUCUCCCGGUGCCUGGAGCUGCAGUGUCAGCCCGACUCCUCGACCCUGCCACCCCCACAGAGUCCUGGGGCCCUGGAGGCCACGGCGCCAACAGCCCCGCCAUCCCCUCUGCUCUUCCUGCUGCUGCUACCCACGGGCCUCCUGCUGCUGGCCGCUGCCUGGUGCCUACACUGGCAGAGGACACGGCAGAGGAUGCCCCGUGCUGGGGAGCAGGUGCCCCCCGUCCCCAGUCCCCAGGACCUGCUGCUUAUGGAGCACUGACCCAGCCGGGGCUUCAUCCUGGGGAGGACACGGAGGUACACAGAGGGGAGUCACCAGCCAGAGAAUGCACAGCUCGGACACAGAGGAAGUUGGCUAGAGGAUGGUCCCUUCCUUGGGCCCGAUGCCCCUCUCGCUUCCUCCCCAGGAUGGAGGCAACGCCAGAACCCAGCACCGGCCCCAUUUACCCAACUCUGUACAAAGCCGUUGUCCCCAUGAAAUGUAUAUAAAUCAUCCUUUUCUACCA